AUGCGAGGGAACGUGAGCAGAAGCGACUGGCUCGUAUCGCUGUGCCCGAUCGUACCGCUUCCUAGAACCUUCGCACCGCACGUCGUCAUCCCGGAGCUCCUUACCCCGUCCUCCACGUCAGCUCACGGGGCGCCGUCUCUCCCCGUGAAUAACGGAGACACAGUCAGCGAGCAAUUCUCCGCGCGACGAGACCUUUCCAGCGAGCAAGCGACGCCGUUCUGUCGCACAUUCACAAAAGCGUCGCUGAAGUGCGCAUCGCCCGCGUCGCUCUACCAGUCGUCGUCCGUCGAGGCGGCGAUCAUUCGCCACGCGGGAUGGGUCUUCAGCGUCUUCCUAAGCGUGCUCGCGUGGAUCGCGUUGUUUCUCCGAUCCCGUUCUGUGGAUUCUUCCGGGGCGGCAGAUGCCCCUGCAGCCGCGAGCAGCAGCGGCGCCGCGUGGCUGGUGGACGUGGCGUUGGGAGUGUCGGUGUGCGCCGUCUCGUCUCUCGCCUCCGACGCGUUCCGCCUCCACCCGUUUUCCUACCCCGCGAAUAAUCGCGCGGACUGCCGUCUAAAUGCGGCAACCGGCGGCGGCGGCGGUCCGCAGGUGGUGUGGCGGUUUUUCUGCGGCAAUUUCGGCAUGAUCAUGGCGCAAUCAGGCUCGGCGCUGCACGCAUGGGGGCGCGAGCGCGCGGUGGAUGCGCUGGGCGUGCUGGAGCGCAUGGCGGCCAUCUCGUCGGAGCGCGGGGGGCAGUCGGGCGGGGUGGUGACGUUCGUGCGCACCUGGCGCGACGACAUGGCGGGCGUGCGCGUGCGCGCCAAGCCCGCCAAGCGCCAGUCGCUCUCCCACCAGCUCAUCUCCAAGUUCCGCGCUGCUCUCUUCCUCAACAGCCUCUCCGACUCCCUCUCCUUCCUCCUCGCCCUCCUCGUCCGCCCCUUCACCUACCUUCUUCAAGCCCUCCGCCUCUCCCCCUCACCUCAAGUUGCACCCAGCCAAUCAGCAGCAGCAGCGCGAGAGGGUAGCACUGGGAAAGCAGGUGACGACAGUGCGUCCUCUGUGCAUGUGUUUCUGGGGCACACGCGCUUUGCCACGUCUAGUGUGCCGUCUGUGGGGGAGACCCACCCGCACCAGUGGGUGCCCGAGAGGCGCCUGCCCCUGUGGCGCGUGCACGCGGGCACGGGCGCUAUCACCUGCGCGCCCACCAACGUGGGCGUGUAUGUGACCCACAAUGGCGACUUCGAGUUCUGGAACCUCUUUGGCAGGGACCGCACGCAUUCGGAGAUGGGGCCGUGGCUGGAGGUGGUGUUGGAGCGCGACCAGCCAGCGCAGUGCGACAGUGUCAUGAUCGCAGGCCUCAUGGACCUCCUCCGCACCCACGCCCUCUGGCUGCCCUCCAUCCGCCUCGCCUUCCACCAGACCGUGGUGAUGUCAUAUGAGGAGGUGCUGUCGCCCCAGGCCUCGCACCCCCUGCCGUGCCUCGCGGACCUUGCCCCUGUGGCUGCUGCAGCAGAGCGCGCCAUGGCACAUGUGGUGCAGGCCAUGCAGGGCGUGGGUUCUGCUGCUGCCAAGCCUGCCCCACGUGGUUCAGUGACGGCACUGCGGGCCGCCAUGGCAGGGAGAGAGGCGCUUCUAGAGGACGCCAUCCUCGCCGCCCUGCACUCCCGCCCCCUGCCCCGCCUAACCGCCUCCGCUGCUGCUGCUGCUGGCAGUGACAGCGACAGUGUAGCAGUGACUGUGGGUGCAGCUGUGGUUGAGGGUGAGGGUGAGGGCGAGGAGCUUUCAGAGGAGCCAUCACUGCUGGGGAACAGCGGGGAUGCGCAGGGGAGGGAGCAGCAGGAGCAGCAGCGGGGGGAGGCGCAGAAGAAUGAAGGGGGGGAGCUGCCGGAGUGUCUGUCAGGGCUGUCAGCGGCGCUGCUGCAGGUGUUUGUGCGGCAGGCUGUGGCCAACUUCCUAGACAAUGAUCUCUACUGGGCCGCCAAGAAGUUCCUUGAAAACGCCAAGGGUUCGUUCGGCAUGACAACGGCAUGCACAGCCGACUGCGAUCGAGUGGUGCUGGCAGCACGCAACCAGCCACUGGCCCUGGGCUUCGCCCCCCACUCGCGCACCGUGCUCUUCUCCUCUGAAUCCCACUCUCUCCUCACUCCCCUCUCGCCCGCCCCUGCUCCUGCUGCUGCUGGAAGGGGAGCGGCGGGGGGUGGCAGCAGUGGGAGGAGGAUAGCAUACCGUGUGGACCUGGAUGAGUCUGAAGGGGAGGUGAUGGAGGUGGUUAUGCGAGGACAGGGGGACAUGGUGGGUGCGCAUGGCACGGGUGGUGGAAGCAGGGGAGGCGCCGCCAAUGGUGAGGCAGCGAAGGGGGAGAACGGAUUGGCUGACGGGACUGCGAAUGGGCCGGGCAGGGAGCAGGAGGAGGAGCAGGGGGGGUGUUUGGAGCUGCCAGAGUUGGCGUUCGUGGGGGUGAAGCUGUACAGCAUCAAGCACAACAAGCCUGUCACCACGACGCAGUUCCUGCAGCGCAAGCGGCUCAUCCCAGUGGGCAACAACCCCUUCCUCGCAGCAGAUGACGAGGACACUCCCACUGACGACCUGCAUGCUGCCUGGGGCCCUGCUGCCCUCUGCUCUGCCACCCCGUCCCCCCCCCGUGACCUCGUGGAAGCAGACCUGAGGGCCAUACCCCGCGUGCUGGAGUCCAUAAGGGCGGACUGGGAGGACGCGCGGUCGCUCAACCGGCGCACGGCAGCAGCGCUGGUGGCCAUGCUGCAGGCCAAGGCAGAGGCAGCGGCAGCAGCAGGGGAGGCGGCGGGGGGCAUGAGCCGCAAGGAGAUCGACGUGCUUGUCACGGGCGUGGAGACGUCGCUCUGGGUGGGCGAGCAGUUCGCUGCUGACCUGCAAAACUGUUUCCCCCAGCUGCGAGUGGUGGCAGUGAGCGCCAACAAGUGGGCGCUGCAUGUGUUGGAGACGCCCAUGGCAUGGGCCAUCAGCUCGCUCUACAUCUUCAUAGCUGUGGUGUUUGCCGUGCCCAUCUUCACCUCCAUCGCCAAGGCCAUCCCCACACAAAGCACCACAGCAGCAGACGCGCUACUCUACACAGCACGCGCACUCGACGCCCUGCUCUUCUGCUUCCUCCCGCUCAUCAUCGCCCUCCCUCUCCGCAUCCUCACCGGCCGCGACCUCCUAGCCCGCCUGGGCAAGCGCACAGUCGUCAUAGCCGACGUGCCCUGGGUGCACCAAUCCCUCGAAGUCUACGUCUCCAAGCUCUUCGCUCUCAGCUACUGGGUGGCUGGGCUGGACGUGCAUGGGGCGAGCCCCAUAGAUCAUCUGGUGCACAGGUUUACUCACAGAGUGUGCCGCGGCACGCUGCUGGCGUUUGGGCGCCCGGACGGGAGGCUGUGCUCGCAGUCGCGGUGUGAGAGCUGGGUGCUCAUGGCGCUGCUGCAGGCGCGGACGAUUGUCAGCCUGGGGUGCGGUGCUGAGGUCAUCACUGUUGGCCACAACCCGUACCACGCGCGGUCGCUGGUGAAGCGGCACGUGGUGCUGCCGUCCAACCGCCCCAAGUUCCUGUGCGAGAAGCUGCUGGGCGUUGACGACCUCGAACCCAUGAAGCGCAUGGCAACGAGAGAGCACGUAGUGUCCACAACAACCGGCAAGAACCCCUUUGAGACACUUGACUCUCAGGUGGUGGGGCUGCAUCUCUGCGACGAGGGCACGGUGCAGAAAGCCAGAAAGCUUGGGCUCUCCAUGCUAGCGCACGGGCUGAGGGACAUCAGCACAGCAGACGCGGAGGACCCGGGGAACCGAGAGGCCAUUCUGAGUGCGCUGGGCGGGGACGUGAACAACCUGCUGCACUCGCAGGCGCCCAUCGAGGACAUCUGUGAAAACCGCUUCCUCUCCCUCGAACGCCUCAUCGCCUUCCAC